CAUCAUGCUUACCCAUCGAACCAUAGCAGCUUAUUGCUUUUCAGCUGCUAAGCAGCCUUCUGUCCCAGUCACAUUUUCUUCCUCUCAUUCCUUUGUUUUUCAGUUGGGAUCCAAAGUUGAGUUUGCCAAUGCGAACGUUUCCUUUUUGCCGAGGAGCACUUUUGUGCUGCUCGGUGAUCUUGCUUUUCACAUUAAGUUUCUGCUAUGGUAGUGACCAGACAGUUGAGGUAGUUGGUCUUGGGGAAUGUGCAGACUGUGAGCAGAGUAACAUCAAGACUAGCCAUGCCUUUUCAGGGCUUCCUGUGACAAUUGAUUGCAAGCAAGCAAAUGGACACUUCAGGACCAGAGGAGUAGGGAAGCUCGAUGAAGAAGGAAAGUUUGAAGUGUCUCUUCCUCAGGAGAUCGUGAAAGACGGACAACUAAAUGAAGAAUGCUAUGCGCAGCUUCACAGUGCAUCAGCUGCACCAUGCCCUGCCCACAAUGGCCUAGAAUCCUCAAAAGUUAUAUUCAAGUCCAAAGCCAAUGGAAAACAUACCUUUGGGCUGGCUGGUAAACUCAAAUUCUCCCCUGUGACAUGUACUUCAGCCUUCCUGUGGCAUCACUACAAAUACCCGCCACUACCCAAAUUGCCGCAUGGGCCGAAGUUGCCAGCUUUUACUCCCCAUCCACACUGGAAGAACUUUGGUCAUCAAUUCCCUCACCCUCCUAAGGUCUUUCCCCCACUACCACCAAAGGUCUUCCCUCCCAUACAUAAGAAGCCUUUGCCGCCAGUUCCAAAGUUCAAGAAGCCACUCCUACCUCCGAUACCUGUAUACAAGAAGCCUCUUCCCCCACCAGUGCCUAUAUACAAGAAGCCACUUCCGCCACCAAUACCUGUAUAUAAGAAGCCUCUUCCCCCACCAGUGCCUGUAUACAAGAAGCCACUUCCACCACCAGUACCUGUAUAUGAGAAGCCUCUUCCCCCACCAGUGCCUGUAUACAAGAAGCCACUUCCACCACCAGUACCUGUAUAUGAGAAGCCUCUUCCCCCACCAGUGCCUGUAUACAAGAAACCACUUCCACCUCCCAUUCCAGUAUUCAAACCGAAACCAAAACCCCCGGUAUACUAUAAACCUCUUCCACCAAUCCCAAAGAUCUAUCAUCCACCUCUGCCAAAAUUCAAAAAGCCCCUUCAUCCUCCCAUUCCAAUCUUCAAACCAAAACCCCCGGUAUACCAUAAACCUCUUCCACCAAUCCCAAAGAUCUAUCAUCCACCUCUGCCAAAAUUCAAAAAGCCCUUUCAUCCUCCCAUUCCAAUCUUCAAACCAAAACCCCCGGUAUACUAUAAACCUCUUCCACCAAUCCCAAAGAUCCAUCCAUAUUAUAAGAAGCCUUUCCCACCCCAUCCCAUAGUCCCACUUCUCCCUCCUAUUCCGAAGCAUCCCAAGUAUUUCCCCCACCCCAAGUUCGGAAAGUGGCCUCCGUUGUCACCUUUUCCUCCUCAUCCUUAGGUCACUGCAGUAAAUGUUCCAAAUGUAAGUGGAAACCAUGUUGUUUUAUUUAAUUAAGUCUAGUGUGGAAAUUUAAUACUGUAAUAAAGCCUCAAAGAAAGAGAAGAUGCAAAUGAAAAGGCUUGGAGAGAGAGAGAGAUGUGAAUCAAAAUUUAUUAAUUACUUGUCAAAGUUAUAGGUGUGUGGAUCAUUCCUUCUACAUUUUCAUGAUGGUAUAGAGGUCCGAAUGCAUUUGACUUGCUGUAAUAAUUGUACUUUCUUGUCUUGCAAAAUAUAUAUCCUCUAUUUGCGAUAA